AUGCAAGCCGCCGCUGCCUCGACUCUCCGUGUCGCCUCGCGCCGUCACUUCUCCAGCUCGGCUGUUGCUCGUGCUGAGCAGGCUGUCGUCCCUCCUGUGGUCACCUACAAGCGUCCCGUCGGCGGAUUCCGUGGAGGUAUUCUCGGAUUCUUGCUUGGUGCCACGGUAGCUGGAGGUGCUGGUUACUACUACCUUUUGGAGGAAUACCAGACUGCAUCUAGCUUGUUGUUGAGCAGUGUCGAGGACUUGCAUGCCUCUACUAACAAGGUCCGCGAUUAUGCCAAGAAGAUCGAGUCGGUCGAGGCUGAGCUCAAGGCUUUGCGCACCAAGGCUGCAACUGUAGAACAGCUGAGCGAGCUUAAGGGCGAGGUCAAGAAGGUAUACGACGCCCUGAACAUUGAACACCUUGAGCUCAAGUCGCACGUGUGGGGACUCGAGAUGGAUCUCCAGAAGGUCCAGCAGCAGUCCAAGAGCGUUUAA